CACUGCUCUGUGACAUACACCAAGAGAGAACCGCGAAUGGGGCCUUGGCUUUGCCUGUGUCUCUCCUCGGGAGGGAAGCUGUCCCAGAUUAAAAUAAAAGAUGUCAUAGAGAACAGGCUCGCACUCGGAGCAUAUUCCUUCCCCGGGCCUGGCUGGUCUCCACCACAGUUCAGUUCGGUCGUUGACCUGCAGACAUGUGAUUUCUAGAUCUCCGGGCACAGAGCAAGCUGCAAGUGGUUGAAGAAGCGGUGCAGAAACUCCAAGUCUCUCUGCAGCCUGACAACCCCUCGGACGCCUCAGCAAAGGGAUCGGACAGUCUGCAGCUAUUGGAUGAAGCACAGGCAGGAGUCCGGAUGCUGAAAGCCCAGCUGGGUAAUGUCAGUGCAGCGCGAACAGCAGUGCAAGAUGGCUGCAGUGAAGUGCUGACAAAGGUCUCCAGGGGCUGGAGGUUUUACGGUGGGAACUUCUAUUACUUUUCACAAGAAAAAAAGUCAUGGGACGAGGCCGAGCGGUUCUGUGUGUCUCAGGACUCGCACCUGACCUCCGUCUCCUCCCAGGCAGAACAGGAGUUUCUCUCCAAGGAGACCAAGGGAGAAGAUCACUGGAUUGGACUCACUGACCUGGGGACAGAAGGCAGCUGGCGCUGGGUGGAUGGCACAGAAUACAGAGCAGACACAAGCAGGGGGUUCUGGAUGCAGAAUGAGCCAAACAAUGCCAAUGGUGGAGAAGACUGUGUUCAUACUGAGCCAAGAUACCGGAAUUUGUGGAAUGAUAACAAGUGCAUUCAGCCUUUCAGGUGGAUUUGUAAGCAGCCCCAUGGACAGGCUGGGCUGUGACAUGCAGGUCCCAGCACCUCAGAAAGCGCCUUAAUUUCCAAGCUAUGGAGCAUGUUUUCCAGACACCUGCCGAUGAGGAGCCCUGUGCACUGGAGGGGGCCGCAUGGGAUGUGCAUUGCAGGGAUGCUUUGUCUUGGUGUGAUAUUUCUGGCUGUAGCAGAGACAGCUGCCUUAUGCCGCUCAGUCUUGCUGGCUCUGUAAUUUAUAGGUUUCCUGGUCUGUCACUGAAUAAAGUCCUUGGAUCAUG